AUGGCGGCAGUCGCACCUUUCAACCCCCGACCUCUCCUCCAGAGCUUAGUCGACAAGGACAUUGUUGUUCGGUUAAAGUGGGGCGAGACCGAGUACAAGGGUAGACUGGUCUCGGUCGACCUGUACAUGAACAUCCAGUUGUCCAACACGGAAGAGUUCGUAAACGGCGUCAGCUCAGGCACGCUCGGACAGGUGCUUAUACGGUGCAACAACGUGCUCUGGAUUGGCAAGGCCGAAGAGGUGGAACCAAAGACUGGCAAAGACACGGCAAUGAGUGGCUGA